AUGUUUGCAUUACAAACAACAUUAAGAAUGAAAAUUAAUUCCACUCAUGUCUUUUAUUUUACUCUGAGUGCAUUUUUAGACACAAACAUGCUGAGCUACUUUUUCUUCACCAUUGUCCUUUUUCUGUAUGUCCUGAUUAUUGGCUCUAAUGUCCUGCUGAUCACAGUGAUCUGUGUGAACCGGAGCUUACAUGAACCCAUGUUCCUGUUCCUCUGCAGCCUGUUUGUGAAUGAACUGUACAGCAGUUUCGGUUUGUUUCCCUUCCUGCUGGCUCAGAUCCUCUCCGAUGUUCAUAUAAUUUCUGCUCCUUUUUGUCUCCUGCAGAUUUUCUUUCUUUAUAGUUAUGCAAGUGUAGAGUUUACUAACUUGGCCGUUAUGUCUUAUGACAGAUAUGUUGCGAUUUGCUGUCCUCUGCAGUAUAACUCCCUGAUGACUUCAAGGAGGGUAGCAUUUCUUAUAUCCAUCAUAUGGUUGCCUCCUCUUAUCUGUGUUGGUUUCACUGUAUUCCUGAGCUCCUCUCUGCAGCUCUGUGGGAACGUCAUCAAUAAGGUUUACUGUAGCAACCACUCCAUCAUCAAGCUGGCCUGCAGCGACCCCACAGCCAACAACAUCUAUGAACUUAUCAUGACUUUCCUCACAGUCUGUGUUCCUGUUUCUGUGAUCCUCUACACCUACAUGAGGAUCCUUCAGGUGUGUUUUACUGGGUCCAAACAGACCCGGCAGAAAGCCGUCAGUACCUGCACCCCCCACCUGGCUUCUAUAAUCAACUUCUCCUUCGGUGUUUCCUUUGAAAUAUUGCAGAGCAGAUUCAACAUGGACACUGUUCCUGACUUGCUAAGAACAAUAUUUCCAUUGUAUUAUCUCACCAGCCAGCCGGUUUUUAACCCGGUUCUAUAUGGCCUGAAUAUGUCCAAAAUACGCACCAUGUGUAAAAAGCUGGUUCUGAGAAAGAUUUAGUUGAUUUAGACUUUUUACACCACUGGAUCUUAUCAUGAGCUCAAACCACAUCCAGUUGUUGGUGUGGAGGAGCAGCGGCUCUAUUCCAAGUUUCCCUGAAUGAUGGAGCAGGUAGAAAAUGGGGUAUGGCAACUUUUAAUGCAAAAAGUUUAAGAUUUGUUAACUUAGGCUUGAGCGGAGGAUACACACAAAUCUCACACCUGCAGACCAGCAGAGAAAGUCAGGCUGUGUUGGACAAUUUAUGGUCCAUGUUUAUGAAAAAAAUAUUUUUGUCUCCAUAAGAUUUCACAUAGUAUCCUAUGAGUCACACUGAUUCAGGGCUUUUUGUGAC